GCCGGCUUCUGACGCGACAUGGUGGUCCACGUGUUCACGGUGCUGGUGCUGGGUCUGGCUGCAGCGCAGGCGCAGCCGGGGCGGCGGUGCGAGGCGGCGGCGCGCGUGGCGGGCGGCUGGCUGUGCGGCCGCACCGCCUUCGCCGGCUCCACCAAGUACGCCUCCUUCCUGGGCGUUCCCUACGCCCGCCAGCCCCUGGGAGAUUUGAGAUUUAAGGAGCUGCAGGCGGCUCCGGCGUGGGACGGCGCGCUGGACGCGACGGCCGAAGGCCCGGCGUGCCCGCAGCACGACGUGCUGUACGGGCCGCUGGUGGGCGCCCGCAACACCAGCGAGGCCUGCAUCAGCGCCAACGUGCACGUGCCCUGGGAGUACCUGCCCCCCGUCACGCCGCCCGCCUUCUCCUCGCCCUACCGCACCGGCCAACCGGACGAGCGCGCCGGCCUGCCGGUGCUAGUGUUCGUGCACGGCGGGGGCUUCGCCUACGGUUCCGGGAGCACCGACUUCCACGGCCCCGACUAUCUCAUCGACAAGAACGUCAUCGUCAUCACUUUUAACUACAGACUGAACGUAUUCGGCUUCCUGUCUCUGGGCUCGGCGGCGGUGCCCGGCAACAACGGGCUGCGGGACACGGUCACCCUGCUGCAGUGGGUCCGCGACAACGCGCGCGCCUUCGGCGGAAACCCCAACGCCGUCACCCUGGCCGGCCAGAGCGCCGGCGCCGCCAUCGUCCACCUGCUCACCCUAUCCCCCGCGGCUGAGGGGCUGUUCCACAGGGCUAUCAUAAUGAGCGGCACGGCCGUCCCGAGCUUCUACACGACCUCCCCGAUGUACGCCAAGCUGGUCGCAGGCCUGUUCACCGCCGCGCUGGGCAUCAACGACACCGACCCCGAAGAGGUGCACCGGCGGCUCGUGGCGCUGCCGCUCGACGCCCUCAUGGCCGCCAACGCGCGGGUGCAGGACCUGAUCGGCGUCACCGCCUUCAUGCCGGUGGUCGAGGCGGAGCACGGGGGGGUCCGGAGGAUCCUAGACGAGGACCCGGAGACGCUCCUUCUCCGGGGUCGCGGCAGCGGCGUCCCCCUCGUGAUCGGCCACACCUCCCGCGAGUGCGAGACCUUCCGACCCGUCUUUGAGGCCAUCGACCUGAUGACGCGCCUGAAAGCGAACCCGACGCUCCUGCUGUCCCCCGACCUGAUAUACAAGACGACGCCCAACGUCUCGCUGGAUCUGGCGAAGGAGGUCGAGAGGAGGUACUUCGCCGGGGCUCCCACCAUGGACGAGUACCUGCGGGCCUGCUCGGACACGUACUACGUGUACCCGGCGCUGAAGGUGGCCGACAUCCGGCAGCGGACGGGCGGCGCGCCGGCCUACCUGUACGACUUCUCGUACGAGUCCGCGUGCGGCGUCAUCAGGAGCGCCUUCCACCUUAACUUCACGGGCGCCAGCCACAUGGAGGACCUGACGUUCGUGUUCAAGCCGACCGCGUACCGGCCGAGCCCGCCGUGCACCGCCUCGGCCGGCCCCGACUACCAGCUGAGCGAGUGCCUCACGACAAUCUUCAACAACUUCAUGUACUGCGGGGAGCCGACGUGCAACCAGUCGCACUGGCCGCCGGUGGGCGGGGAGCGGCUGCGGUACCUGGCCAUCGACCGGCCCAAGUCCUUCAGGAGCUCGGAGGUGUCGCGCGAGAAGCUCGACAUGGUGGCGUUCUUCGACGCGCUCCAGCCACGGGCCACGUGAUCGCCGGCGCCGGGGAGACCGGGGGACGCUUUGACUAUAUGGGGCCGCUCGCGCCCGCCGCCGCUCGCUAGGUUUUAGGUUUAUUUAUUGUAGUUUGUAGCUUUAGACGUAUAUAGGAGCACUCGGUGUACCGAAUGAAAAAUAAUUUGUUGA